AUGUCAAGAAAUCUCAAUAACAAUUCAGUUAACAAUGCUUUUGGUGAAAAACCUUCUGUGGGAAGAAAUACCAAUGAUAUAAGGAUAAUAAUGUUGCAACACUCACAGAGAACAGUGAGCAAUCAAAGACCACUAGCACUAAAGAGAGCUCGGUUGAAUCUUGAAGGUGAUUUGUCGGGUAGAACUUGUAACAUCUAUGAUGUGUAUGAGAAACUUGAUACCAUGAAUGAUGUCUUAAACACUGUUUUGAAGAACACAUCUUCUGAGAAAGCCGAAGCCACUACUAGUAUAGCAGUUGAGAAAGACAUGUUGCCUGGACAUCAACCAACAUUGGAUCAAUUGUUGCGCGAUUAUUUGAGUGAAGAGAAAUUGUAUGACCAAUACAAUACCAAUGAAAAUAAAAACAGUGAGGGAAACAGACUCGUUCUGAAGUCUGUUACCAAUUACCUUCAUUGUCAAGAAGAGAGGAAAAAGGUGGACUUGCCAACUCUUCGAACUAAGAUUGUGCGGCACAUUGGCAACAGAAAGUUGCAAGAAAAAAAACAGGAGAAAAGAAGCAGGAAGAGAAUUGACAGGCCUGUCUUUGUCAGCAAUUUGUGUGAAAGAAGACAAUCUGCCUUGAAAGCCAAUUGGGCACACUUUGUAAACAGCUUUGGAGAGAAUGUUGACAGUAUUCUCCAUGCUGAUUACAUGUCAGACCUUGAGAGUGAUGACAAAAGAGAAGAAGAGGAACAGAAUUCGUCCUCAGAAAAGAGUUUUUUUUGGAGAUUCUGCCCAAGCUGGAGAAGCGAAGAGGGAGAUAGGUUCGUUGAUGAACUUGAUGCGGAUUAUGAGGCAGCUCAUGAUAAGAAAAAUAAUACCCAUUCGUUCGAGCAUAAAUUUAAAGGAAUAAGAGAUAAGCAGCUUAGCAAGACCAAGGCAAACAAGCUGCCAUCAUGUUACACUGGAAAAAUAACAAUAAAUACACACGGGGAAAUUCAGGCAUACUAUUGUGAAUAUUCCGUAUUUUACAGUGGGGUUUUGCCUAUUUCCACUGGUACCAAAGCUGAUCUGAGUACCAAGAAAACUUUAUUUCAAACUUUGUUUUUUGCUGUAAUACAAUCUGUUUCCAUGUUAAAGGUUAAUAAUCAGGGACUACGUCGCAUGUGUAUUGUUGAACUAUCCCUGGGUGAAUAG